UGCGCUAUUUCGUACGGAAGAUUGCCCAAGGCACAGCAAGGCACCUGUUGGCCUCUGGGGAGGACUUUUGUAAACUGCAGCACCUCUGCCUGAACAGCUCCAAGAGAGCUACGCAGCAGUGCCAGGGUCUUGGCGGAAAAGCAUCCAGGCGUCCACUAUGGGAAACACAAUGUCCAUGCAAAAGGAACCUGAAGAUGAUGAACCUGUUUACAUAACAGCAUAUUCAAAGGUUUCAUCUGAACCUCCUGACAACAUUAAGAAUGGACCUGUCACAAUCCCGACUGUACAGACUGUUCCUUCUGCAAAUGGUGAUGCAGUGGAUGCAAGAGUGAGUGUUGUCCAGGAUAAUGUGGCCGUUUCUUCCCAGAAGACAAUGGAGCUCAGCUCCAGCUCCGAGGCCAGUGGAAAUAAUCUUGGGAAGGAGGCCAAGGCGGCCCCACCAGCUGCCAAAUCUCGUUUUGUCUUUGCAUUUUCACGGCCUGUACCAGGACGUACCGAAGAGAAAGCAGCAAAUGCAUCGGCUGGAUCGGCUCAGCUUGAUGUCAGCUCAGAAGCACCCCCAGCGAACAAAGCCUUGAGUGAGAAUGUGGACCUUCCUGCUGCAGCUGCGACAGAGGAAGCUUCAGAUAAAAACCUAAGGGAAGAAUCUCUCUGUGAAAUUGAACUCACGGCACCGGGGAAGGCAGAGGAGGAGGAUGCCGCUUUGUCCAAGCCCAAAGAGUUAAGCUUUUUCGACAGACUCUUCAAAGUGGAAAGGGGGAAAGACAAGAUCAAAGCACAAGACCAAAGCCAAGGGGAGGUGAAGGAAGAGGAUCCAGGUGUCAUCAUCACAGCAGAAGGAACUGCAGGAUUACAAAGCACGCCAGAGAAUGUCUUGCAGGGGAAGGACGUAAUAGAUGAGUGCAAUCAAAACACUCUGCAGCCGGAUUCAGCAGGUGUCAAUUGCUUGGCUGCUGAGGAUCUCGCUCAAGGAGACGUAAAGCCAGAGGACGUUAAGACAGCAGCUGGGACAGACUAUAACAACUCUGACUCUGUCAUCAUGAGUUUCUUUAAAACCUUGGUAUCUCCAAGCAAAGCAGAUUCUAAGGGUGACACUGAGGACAAGGCAAAGAAAGAUGCCCAGCAGGCAGAAAAUACCAAAAUUGCUGAGCAGCCUGUAAUCACUGCUACUGUGACAUCGGAAACAAACGUCGCUCCGCCACAGGAGAGUCCAGCUGCGAAGCAGAACACAAGGGCUCCUGACCCUCCUGUGCCACAACCAGCCACAGCGACAGUCGUUGUCGCCAACGAAACUCCAAAAGAAAUAAUAAUAACAAAGGAGAGAUCUUCUUCUACUCCUACACCCCUAAGUAAAUUCUUUCGGAAAAAGACUCCAACAGAUGACAUAGAGGUGAUAAACACGGAGAGGAUCGAAGCAUCUCCCCAAGCCCCAACUAAAGUCGAAAGCAGAAGUCAGGAACUGGCAGAAGUAAAGUCCUCCAAAGGAGAUGAGAGCCCAGCAAAAAAGGAUCUGAGGAAACUAUUUAAAUUGCCAGUCAGAGGUGACGCAGUAGUAGUUGCUCCAGAAGAGGUAAAUGGGCAAGCCCCUGAUGCCCAAACACUGGACUUCAAAGACAGGCCCUUGACCCAGGCUGAGAACAGAGAACCUGUGGCUGAGAGGAACCAAGAAAGUUCAACAGAGAACCAGCAAGGAAACAAACAGGAAGCCAAAGACCAGCCAGACUCCACAGAGCAACAAACAGCCGAGACAGACUCCCUUCAGAAUGGAGGGGAAGCUGCGAAGGAAAACAAUCCGAAGAGGAUAGAGAAGAGACAGUCAUUUGGAGGGUUUUUUAAGGGCCUUAGCCCCAAACGGAUGUCCGAUGCCGAAGUACAAACAGAUCCAGUAUCAAUUGUGCCUUUUGUGAAACCCAAGUAAUGAAUACGCCGGACCAAAUGACGGAUCGUUGGAUCUCCGCCAUCAUUUCCCCCCACCCAUGCAGUGUAAAAAAGGAGAUCUUGCUUGGUUCAUUUCUCUUCCCUUCUAGCCCCUUGCUUCAUAUGGCUGUUGCCAAACAAUAGCUGUUGCUAGGCUCAAGCAAAGACUGGGUUACGUCCUGAAUUUCUUCAGAAAGUUUUCUUCAACUAGGCUAACUAAAGGUCACAGAAAAGCAAUGGAGAAACUCUUAGAGGCUGAGGACAGCUCAGCUGCUGGGAAGGUUAAUGGG